AUGGAUGCCGUUAACAUUUAUGGAAUCGCCGUUGGCGGCAUCCUGUUACUUCUCAUUGUGGCUCGUUUGAGACCCGCGCUCCGUGAUUUAGCUCGUGUGCUCUCUAUUGUGGUGUCGAAAUAUCUCGUUUAUCCUUAUCUGCUAAAUCGUCAUCGAUGGUUCGGACCUUGGACCUGGGCAGGCAUCAUCAAAUGUCUAGUGUACGGCGCUUCGAACUGCGUUGUCAUCCUGUACAAUGUCCACACAUACGAGGAGGCUAGUAUUCGGGCAGGCAGACUUGCUCUUGUCAAUAUGACAGUCCUAUUCAUGGCUCCUCAGCUGAGUGUCAUAGCAGACAUCCUUGGAAUUUCCCUAGAAGCCUGCCAAUGGAUACACCGUGCAGCUGGGUGGAUGACUUGUGCUUUAGUGACGACUCAUGUAUUGACAAUUCAGCAAGAUGUCGACCCUAAACAAGGGGAGAUCCUCUUUGCAAUUAUUGGCGCUGUCUCGUUCGCAAUGAUUAUAAUAUCUACGUUUCCGGUCCUCCAGACGCGGAUCUAUGAAGUGUUCUUGCGAACUCAUCAAGCCCUUGCAGUCCUAUUCUUUUAUUCUAUUUGGCGCCACUUGUCCUCGGGUUCCGUCUUCCCGCGACUGUAUCUCUACGUUCCGUUGUCUAUCCUCUGCUUGAUCACUGUCUUUCAGGUUGGAAAGUUUCUAUACCAGAACAGCUUCCUCUCAUCCCGGCCAAAGCCGCGUGCAACAGUUACCUGCAGGCUGAUUCCGCCACCAAUCGCCGGGAAUAAGGAAGGCGCUGGAAAGGAAGAGGAAAAGGAUACCGGCCGCAUCAUAAAGAUUCGUGUCACUCUGGGUAGGCCUCUCAGCAUUGCUGCCGGUCAGUGUAUUCACUUGUGGAUGCCCUCGGUGAGCCUCGGUUCUUGGAUGCAAUCACACCCCUUCGUUGUGACCUCUUGGUCACCAGAGAAGCAGACCACGCUGGAAUUAUUUGUCCAGGUCCGUCGAGGAUUCACUGCAGCUUUGCACCAACGAGCCUCUGCCAGCGGAUCCGCUUCGUUCUGUGCGUUCGUGAGGGGUCCGUUUGGGGUCAGCCACUCCUUAAGUCAGUAUGAGACCGUUGUUGCUGUGGCCAGCAAUGCUGGUAUCGCCGGCGUGGUCCCCUAUCUCAAACAGCUUCUCUACAGCUACAAUACAAUGGCGGGUCAAAUCCGCCGUCUGCAUCUCGUGUGGGAAGUUGACACCCUAGAUAUGGUGGUUGAAGCGCAGCCUCUACUCAAUGAUCUUCUCAAAGACGACAGUCUUGCCAAUGGCUAUAUAUUUGAAGUAUCGAUCUACACCGAAGCAGCCCACGAUGACGGAGAAUCCUUCGGGGAACACAACCGUGCUUUCCGAUACCAUGGGAAGCCAGAUUACAACAAAAUCAUAUCCACCGAAGUGGCAGACGACUAUAUAGAGAGGAUUCCAAGCACUCCAGAGCAGACAGGGGAGAUUCUAAUACUGACUUCCGUGUCUAACAGAUUGAGGGAUCAUUUGAAGUCUGUCGUUCGUGGGUACCUUGGUAAGAAAGUUACUAUGCAGGAAGUGGACUACCGGCCGUCUGAGAUUAUCGCACAGUGA